AUGAACGUUCGUGGACCUAGCUUGACUAACCUGGGAGCGUCUUGCUUCAUCAAUGCCGGGGUGCAAGCACUCUUGGCAUUGCCCACGCUUGAAGCUUCAAGCGAGACAGACGCCGAGAAGGCAUUGAAGGCGGUUGCUGACAUGGCCCACAACAGCUCGAGCACGUUCACUCCGAAGCCUCUCACGGAUCGCUUCUACAACGGGCGCCAAGAGGAUUGCAGCGAAUUCCUCAUGAACCUGCUCCUGGAAUGUCCGGGGGCGAGUCAGCAGUUCAAGGGUGUCGAAAAGCCUUUCCUGCAGUGCACUUGCUGUGACUAUCAAUAUGCACUCCGGCCGGAAACGUUUCUGUCCUUGCAAGCAUCCUUACAAAGUGACAGUGUCGAACCGCUUGGCUGCAUCCAGAGUGUUGUGGACCAUUACGUGAAUAUGCAAAUCGUCCAGGACGACAUCAUCGAUUGGACAUGUCUUUCCGAGGAUUGCUUGAACGCUGGGACCGCAACCAAUGCGCCACGAAGAAAAACUUGCAUCACAGAAUGGCCUCGCACCCUCUUGGUGACUUUGAAAAGGUGGACCAACCAUGGCCUACUGGGCCACCGAGUGUGUUGCAAUCGCCGACUUGUUGUGGGAGACUGCUGCUACUACUUGAAAGCGGUCGUGACGCACAUCGGAGCAACAGCUUCUUCAGGACACUACAUUGCCUACAGGCCAAAUGACAUAGGCUUCGACAAAUACGAUGACGCCCGGGUUUCCCAGGUGACGGACUAUGGCGACUACAUCGUCGGCCCAUCCGAGGAAAAAGUUUAUCUGCUGAUGUACAGCCAGGUCCCAGCCCCAGCCUCGCCCAGAUUGCCGCCCGUCAAACGCCCGGCCAUUGAUCUCGACGACUCCGAAGGGAGCGACGAUUCAGCGCCGACACAGCCAUGGCCGGCAAAGCCCACGACCAGCAUCACGAUUGACCUAUCGCCAGAUGCUGAGCCCGAGGCGGCCACCCAGCAAGACAGCGUCCCUGAAGACGACAAAGGCAAGCAGGCUCAUGAAACGGAGUUUAAAUCAAGGCCCAAAUUGCAUAACUUCUACAACUACUCGGAAGACGAACGCGCCUUCAUUGUCCAAACCCUCGGCAAUAGCAACUCCUUGUCCGAGGCAACAAAGAUCAUCGGUGGCAAGCUGGAGAACUUCACCAUGAAGAUCAAGCAGUCCGACUACUUCCUGCAUCGCAGUACCUUACAGAAUUGGUUCAAGCGCCCGCAGUUCGCGCAAAAAGCAUUGCAGACAGCUCCAGCUCCCAGGCCCCAAAGACCUUACAAUCGCAAGCCCGCUCGCACGAGCUCCUUUGCCAAGCUGACGCCAGAGCAAAAAAGCCGGCUCGGCCAAGCACUCGUGGAAGACGGCGACGCUGCUGCAGUCGCCGAAGCAGUGCAGACGGAGACCAAGCAAGAGCAUCCCGUGCCACGUCGCACGCUGAGCCGCUGGAACUCUUCAAGCAACUUCAAACAAUGGAUGGCGACUGCCCCCAGCUGGUCCGAGGAGUACAAGCUCAACUUCGGAGUGAUGAUCCUGGACCUUUUGUUCCCAUUGCGGGCACAGACAACCACGAACCAGAUCGCAAAGAUGGCUCUGCUGUCUCCGCCGCCCCAAGACUUGCCGAGCACACAUUUCCGGAUCUAUCCAACUCCUCAAGGCAGCGAGUGGCAUUCAUGGUCGGCAGCAAUCUGCAAGAAUCACCUACCGCUAACAGACGUUCUUCCUCGAGUGGAGAUCGAGAAUCUUGCAGUCCUUCGCAUCCACGUGGAUUAUCGCAGUCGCCGAGGAGGCAAUGCAGAAAUCACCAGCAAGCAGAAGCGCUCGCUGACGCGAUGCCGCUGGCAUCCAGCCACUCUUCUGGAUGCACCGCGAGGCGAUCUUGCAGCGCGAGCCUUCACCUGGUUACUGCAGAACAAUGACACCUACCGAGCAUGGGUUCAUCGACAUGCAGCUCUGACACAGGAAAACAAGCUAAAAGAAGGCAGAGAUCUUCCUACAGCGGAGCUGUUGCUUCGAUCGCCGGGCAUAGAGAUUGCCGCGCGCCCAUGGUUGUAUCCUCUGCCAAGCAUGGCGGACACAAACAUCCAGGAAAGAUUGCUGCCUUUGGGAUGGACAAAUGCUCGCAGCAAACCCAGCAUCAGAGCUUCCUUCAUGCACAAACUGCUGAGCAGAUGCGUGGAUUACAGCAAAGACUUUCCACUCCAGUGUUUGCUGUACGACGUGUGCAUGGCGCGCACAAUCAGUGCCGUGCAAGCCAUCGCCCAGCAGAACAAGAUGUCCCCGGAGAAAGUCGCGUCCGACAUGGACACCUUCGACGAGUAUUGGCAUCAACAACUCCGGAAAUUGGAAGACAUUUGCCGACUCGAAUUCGCAAGAACCGCCUCCAUGGAUGCGGCACUGCCAUCAGUAUUCUUCACCGUAGCUCCGGCAGAAUGGCGAUAUCUUCUACACGAGGGAUUUUUCGAGGAAGGUUCCCUCGCAGACCAACAGCAGAAAAUCACCUUGCACCUGUACCACACGCUGCAGACGCUCUUGGAGUUUCACAUCUUGAAGAACGGUGAAUCCCUGCAGAGAAUUGGCAUUGCUAAGGUUCGACAAUGGUCGCUCCGAUUUGAGUUUCAGUCGAGAGGAACGCUGCACCUGCAUGCCGUUCUUUGGGCAGAUCUGCUGCCGAACUGCAGCGCCGAAAGCAUGACAGGCCGCAGCGGCACAGACAAGAAAUCGCCCUUUGUGCGGCUUCUCGAGGAGCUGUUCAGCAGUCGAGCUGAUGUUCAGGUUGGAGACGGCGCACACAAUCUUCUGAGAUAUGUAGCCGGAUAUGUUUCCAAAGCCUCCGAUGCGUUGCAGUUCAGCCGAGAACAAGCUCAUCAUGCAGGCACGCCAACUGACACUAGCAAGUGGCGUCAAACAUAUCGGUUGCUAUCCAAAAAGUCUCCCAUGGAACAAGAGAUGCUGAUGGAAUUUGCAGGCCUCCCAAUGGUACGACACUCCUUUUCCGGGCACGCAAUCUACCCCCCGAUCCCCGGCAGCACCGCCAGAAAUUCCUCUCAAGAUCAGUGUCUCGUGUACCAGUACUACCUCAAGGAGCAGAAGGAUGGAUUGGGAAGCACCCGCGGCUUGUCCUACAUGGAAUGGCUACGCCGCUACCGCGUGGUGGAUGCAAAUCGGCGCACUGUAGCCAUAAGAAACGUUGCAGGCCCAGCCAGAAGCUGUGAUUGCGGUGUAGCAAUGACUUUUCCUUUCGAGCUGUUGGACAUCUUCAUCGGUGCCUGGGCGGCCACAUUCCUCAAAGAGCUGCCGGAAUACAGAAUCCUUCCGGACACCUCCAAGGACAAGGAAAACUAUGCUGCCAGUCACAGCAACGAGAAAAUGCGCAGAUCGUCUUUCACGGCACCAGAAGGUUGCAAGCGCUUGAAGGCAGUGCUCUCUUUAGAUGAGUUUCAGCUGCCCGACGCAAAUCCAAACGAGUUCCACCCCGACAUCGGCAAACUCCUGUCCCAGAUAGAGCAAGAUCUAGUUCUUCGAGGCCUCGGUGAUGAUCGCAUAGCCACCUUCAAGGCCCGGAUGCAUGCGUGCACGCUCCUGCUUCUGGAAAUCCGGAACGGUUUCGAAGACCCGGGUCUCUGGAGCGCCAAGAAGAUUUCGGCAGCGCCACGCCGAGUUUGGUCCGACGAGCAGCAGCUGGUACUAGACCACAUCAAGGCCGGAACUGCCGUCAGCGAUGCGGCGAUCAUGGAGCACUCCUGCAGGAUCCUACAAGUUGGAGGAGGUCCCGGAACCGGCAAAACGGAGGUGGUCAUCGCAGCUAUCCGACAGGCCUUGGAGGACAACUACGAGGCCUACAUUCCGCCCGGCCGCUUGCGGCAGUACGAUCUCAUCGUCAUCGAUGAAGU